ACCAAUUACUACCAAUUCAUCACCUACCCGACCCGGAUUCCCCUCUCUUAUCUUUCCAUGAUUUCAUAUUUUCAUCUCUCUCUCGUCUCUCUCCUCACUACCUAUAUAUAAUACUACACACACAUACCCAUCGGUGAUCAUUGCUGAUCGUGGCUAGUUCGGAUUGAAUUCUCGCAAUUUGUGCUUAUUCACACAAUGCAAACAUCCUCUCUUCUUGCUUCUUCAUUCGCUGCUGCUUCCGCCUCAUUUUCCAGACCCCAUUUUGUUCCAUUCACCAUCAAUUCUCGCUUCAAGGAUUCACCACAAUCCAAAUCAAGGUCACUCCGCUUGGGAUUGUGUGUAGAGAGCAAGAGGAGAUAUUCUGCUAUUAAAGCAUCAUCAUCCUCUGAUUCACUGAGGCCAACCACUUCAAUUGCUCCACUACAACUUGAAUCUCCAACUGGACAGUUUCUAUCUCAGAUCUUGACUAGCCACCCGCAUUUGGUUCCUGCUGCGGUUGAGCAGCAGCUUGAACAGCUUCAGAUUGACCGUGACGCUGAAAAACAGAAGGAAGCUACAUGCACGACGGGCACUGAUCUAGUAUUAUACAGGAGAAUUGCUGAGCUAAAGCAUAACGAGAGAAAAAAAGCUCUGGAAGAGAUCUUGUAUGCUCUGAUAGUGCAGAAGUUUAUGGAUGCUGAUGUUUCUUUAGUUCCUGCCAUAUCUGCGCAAUCAUCAGACCCGUCUGGUCGUGUUGAUACAUGGCCCUGUCAAGAUGAAAAACUUGAGAAAAUUCACUCUCAUGAAGCGAAUGAGAUGAUCCAGAACCACUUGACCUUUAUUUUAGGGAAUCGGUCGAGUGAUCCUUCCUCGGUUGCUCAGGUAAGCAAACUAAAGGUAGGCCAGGUUUAUGCAGCUUCGGUGAUGUAUGGAUAUUUUCUCAAGAGAAUUGACCAAAGGUUUCAGCUUGAGAAGACGAUGAAAAUCCUUCCAGGGGGGAGUGCGGAAGAGAGAAACAUUGAACAGGUCAUUGGGGAUGAGACCAGACCCAAUGUCAAGAACAUUGGUGAUUCUUCUAGAAAUUUACAACCACAUCCUGAGGUGUCAGCAUGGUCAGGUGGCUUGGGUCUUGGGGGUAUAGGUGAAGGAAUAAGAUCUUCCCGCUUAAAAACAUAUGUGAUGUCAUUUGAUGCCGAGACACUUCAAAGAUAUGCAACCAUAAGGUCAAAAGAGGCCAUCGACAUUGUUGAGAAGCAUACAGAAGCUUUAUUUGGUAAACCGGAGAUUGUUAUCUCUCCUGAAGGAAGAGUUGAUUCCUCUAAAGAUGAAAACAUUAAAAUCAGCUUAGGUGGUCUGAAAAGACUUGUUUUGGAGGCAGUGACUUUUGGUGCUUUUCUUUGGGAUGUUGAGAGCCAUGUUGAUUCAAGGUACCAUUUUGUGGCAAAUUAAGCCUUUCAGAGAUCGCUGGCCAGGUUACAGAUCCUACAAUAGUAAUUGCAGUCCUGAAGCAGGCACAAACCCGGGACAAAUUGAUUCAGAUGUAUAUAAAUAUUGUUUGUUUAUUGACGUGCCAGUUAACCCCUAUUCAGUUUUGUUCUGCGGAUAAAUAAUUUUCUUGUGAAUGUUAGUGGAUGAAUGAUUUUUUUCUGGCAAAUUAGAAUUGUAAAUGUAGAGCAUUAUUCUUA